CAACACCUGACGCCAUUGGACCAUGGAGACAGGAGAGAAAGCAGAGGAAGCAGCUGCGAAGGAGGCCAAGACGGACCUCAAGGAUGUGCCAUCGGCGGUUUUACAUUUCCAGCAGGCAGCGGAGAUGUUAUUCUCGGCCCCGGUGCAGGCUGCUCCAUGCCGGGGCAAGCUGGGCUUUAAGUGGGCGGUGCGCAGCGUCAUCCUGAUGACUCGUCUUUGCCGCUACUUCAUGUCCCGUUCCAACUAUCGCCAAUUCAUGGAGUUCAACUUCCGGGAGACCAUCACCAACCAGCCGGCCGGGGGAACGGGUAAAAAUCUGGUGUUUGAUCUGAACCACUUCAAAGUGAAAGAGGACCGGAUCCCUGUCCUGCUGGUGGAGAUAAUGCGGAAGUGCCCGGAGGAGCGUUCUGAGUCGGAGGUGUUGCUGAUUCACAACAUGCUGAGCUCUGUGAGCAUGUUCCGUCGCUACAGCGGAACCCUGCAACUCCUUCUGGCCAGGGUGGUUCGCUAUCAGAGGUUGGAGCGACGCAGAGUAGUCAUUAAGAAGGGCCACUGGGGACACAGCUUCUACUUUGUGUUCUCUGGGCUAUUGGCCGUCACCAAGGACAACGACGGUAGCAGUGCCUUCGUGGAUAAGGAGCCCAUCCUCAUCAAGAAGGGCAUGAGCUUCGGGGAUGUGGCCUUGAUCAAAACGCUGAGGAGGAAUGCCACUGUGGUGUGCAUGGAGGAGACAGAGCUCAUGGUGGUCGACAAGGAAGACUUCUUCGCUAACAAGAUGGACGUAGAGCUCAAGAGGGAGUUUGAUUAUCGCUUCAGGUUCUUCCGGUCACUCCAGCUAGUGUCCUCCUGGCCAUACUCUCUCAUUGAACAGAUGGCUGACCAUUCCAAGGCUGAGCAAUUUCGCUACGGCCACAUGGUCGUCAAGGACACCAACGACAUGGGCAACAUCAUUUUCAUUGGCAAGGGCCAAUGUGAUGUGUUGAGGGUGGUGGACCUUACCUCCUGCAGUGCCUACCAACGCCUCCUAAAACAGUAUGCAGACUCAGUAAGCAGAGGUACAUGUUUGCCAACACAUGGAUUCAAAGGCGAGCUGACAAACCAACCAGGAAGUGUCAUAAAACACAAAGUCCUCCUCAAUAAUCCUCCACGUCCUCCCAGAGGACUUCCUGCAGAUCUACCCACUAGCGCCUGUUUCCUGAUCGACACCCUUCAUCAGUGCAGCACAUUUGGUCUGAACCAGUACCUGAUGCCGUCGAAGCAGAGAGACUGUCGCAGGUUCACUCUGGUCAGCCAGAGCGUGGAGAUCCUGCGGGUGGAGAAGACUCGCUUUGACGAGCUGGUGGACAACACCACCAUGAAGAAGCUGGAGGCCCUGCAGAAAACCUACCCAAGCGACGACGAGCUGUGCACUGUGUUCCUGGAACACAGCCGCUGGAAGGACUACAAACACAGUGUGGUACAGGACCUGUUCCCCCACUGGGUCGCCCCAAUCAGGAGCCCCAAGAACCAGAAGCAGCAAGGCCACUGUGGCCCCAGCCAAGGCCCUCCAGUAGACCAGACACGGGAUCAACAGGCUGGAACAGACAAAGCAGAGGGUAGUGCCAAAAGAUAAUACAAUAAAGGAAUAACUGUGGAGAUGAAUAAAUACAUAG